AUGUACAAUAAGCUUACCAUUGCCUUGGCCAUGGCCUCGGCCGUCUCUGCUGCUCCCGCCCUCGCGCCUCGCCAGGACCCUUGCCAGGACGCCUACAAGGCUUGCAUCGCCGCUGGAACACCAGAGGUCGCCUGCUCUUGCACCCUCACUGCUUGUCUCGGUGAGGACAACGCCCGCAACCGCGAGUACUGUGCUACCGCUACGGCCAACCUGCCCAAGCCCACUUCCACCGGCAUCCCCGGCGGCUGCAACCCGGCCCACCCCGGCUCGUGCCCCUCGUCUUACUUCACCUACCCCACCGCCUCGGCCAGUGCGGCUCCGUCCUUCACCUCUAUCCCGGGCAUCCCCGGAGGUUGCAACCCGGCCCACCCCGGCUCCUGCCCCUCCUCCUACUUUACCUACCCUACUGCUUCGGCCAGCGCGGCGCCAACCUUCACGCCGAUCCCGGGCAUCCCCGGCGGCUGCAAUCCGGCUCAUCCUGGCUCUUGCCCCUCUUCCUACUUCACCUACCCCACCGUCUCUGCCACUGCUGCUCCUGCUCCCACCGGCGGCAGCUCUUCUGGCUACACCGAUCCCAAGCCUGUUGAGGGCAAGACCUGGACGAUCAAGGACCUGACCCGCUACUGCGGCGAGGACAACUCCGGCUGCGACUACAACUUCAAGAUCGAGGCUGACGGCGUCACCGAGGCCUGCACCGUCAUUCGCAUGCCUGGCUCCAACGCUGCCACCGAGAGCUGGUCCAACCAGCCCUGCACCUCCGGCUCCAAGUACCAGAUCUCUUGGGGCUACGUUGCCGAGCCCGCCCCUGCCUUCGCUGUCCUCAGCGUCGUCGACGGCAAGGAGAUUGCCUGGUUCGGUGUCUCCAACGUCAACGGCCAGCCGGUCACCACCGCUCCCUCCAACCCCUUCGGCUCUGGCCAGUUCGGCAACCUUGGCCCUGAGCAGGUUUACACCUACUAA